GUUCAGCUUCAGCAUCAACAUCAGCCUUUUCUGACUUCUCUUUGCUCGCCAUUUUGACGCGUCGUUGCUGUUAUUUGUAUUGUUAGUGUUAAAUUCUGCUUCUCUAUAACAGAAAAAAUCUUCUUUCAACAUGAGUGAGCCCGAAAUUAAAAGAGACAGAGACGACGAGAAAAGCAGGGACAGGGCGAGGAGAGGAGACAGACAAAGCAGUGGCCGUGGAGGAAAUGCGGGUGGGGGUAGUGGAGGGGGUGGCCGAGAACGCAGUCGCGACAGGAAGUCGGGAGGCGGUGGAGAUAAACGCGUCUACAUAUCCAACAUUGCCUACGAGUAUACCUGGCAAGAGCUGAAGGAUCUCUUCAGACAAGAAGUUGGCGAUGUGUCGUUUGUCAAACUGUUUGUUGACGAGAAUGACAAGCCGCGUGGCUGUGGAAUCGUCGAGUUCGACACACCCGAACUGGCCAAGAAGGCUGUGCAGAGAAUGCACAGGUACACGCUCAAAGACCGCAAAUUGGUUGUCAGAGAGGACAAUGAUGUCGAGAGAGACAAGUGUGGUCGGCCGAUCACCGGCAAUAACCGAAACAACAGUAGCAGCAACAACAACGACCGAGGAGGCAGAAACGACCAGCGUUCCAACAACAGAAACGACGACCGAGCGCCUUGGUCGGGUGGCGGAGUUGGCGGUGGUCUAGGCGGCGCCCUUGCCAGCCUAGGCGCCAGCUCCAACAGCCUGGGCGGCGGCAACAAUUCGAUUGGUGGCGAGAAGUGGGGCAACAUGUAUGGCCUCAGCCCGCAAUUCCUCGAGUACCUCUGCAUCAACGGCCCACUCGUCAACGCUGUAUUUGUCGCUAAUUUGGACUUCAAAGUAGACCAAAAGAAGUUGAAGGAAGUUUUCAAGCUGGCAGGUCGCGUGGAGCGGUGCGAGCUGAGCGUGGACAAGGACGGCAAGAGCCGUGGCUUUGGGGUGGUGGAGUACUCGCACCCCGUGGAGGCGGUGCAGGCCAUCUCGAUGCUGCACAACCAGAUGCUGUUCGAUCGCCGCAUCACCGUCAGACUGGACCGUGCCGACAAGGACCCGCAGCAGAAGCUGCCUCAGGGCCUCAAGGGUCUCGGCAUGGGACUCGGCAGCAACGGCGCGCCCCUUAAGGAUGUUGCCAAUAACCUGCCUUCUCUUCAGACUUUUAACAACAACUUGAGCAGUAUGAUGCAGAACAUUGCUUCAGCAGGUGUGCCAUCACCAUUUGCUGCGUUAGUUACACCAAAAAGGUGUAUACCGUUGACCAUAGAUUCUACUGCCAGGCGACCACUUGGUGGAGUUGGCGGGGCAGCGGGCAUUGCCAGCCUGAUGGGCAGCGGGCCGGGCGGCGCGGGGGCGGGUGACUUGUCGGCAGCACUGGCAGGCGGCAACUCUGCGUUCGGCGGAGGCGGUGGCCUGGGAAACAGCUUCGGAGGUGGCAACCAACUCAGCUCGCAAAACAACUUCCUCAGAGAGUCCAGUCUUUCUCACAAUUUUGACGGACCAGGAAACAGCAUUGGUGGUCGCAUGAGUAGUGGCAAUGAUUUCGAUAAUAUGCAAGGGUUAUCUGGCGGCUUGAAUAGUCAGAACAGUGACUACACCCGCCGUUCUAAUUUGGGCAGCUUGAACCAAAACUCCGGCAAUUCAUCCAAUAAUAUGACCGAUGCUGUCCUUGUCAGAAAUUUGCCUCCAAACGUGACAUGGCAGCAACUGAAGGAUAAGUUCAGUGAUGCCGGCAACGUGACUUAUGCCGAGCUGAGAGGCAAGGACACCGGUCUCGUGCAGUUUGCUUCACAGUGGGAAGCCAAUCGAGCUAUCAACAACUUUGACCGAAUACGCUGGGAUGGACGCAGCCUUGAGGUGCGCUUCUACUGAAUAAUACAAAGGAUGUGAGUAGUCUAGCGCACUGAGUAUAACCAUUAUCAAUUUUGGUUGGUUGUCUUUGGUUGCUCAACAUGAAGUCGCACUUGAAAUGUUGCUGGAUCUCUGCUGAUGGCGUCUUUGUCUUUAUAUUAGUAUUCCAUGUUGAGGCUCUCGAAAGGUGGUUUAUGUGCGUGUCAAUGAACUUUAUAUUUUAUGAAAUGAGACGGCUCAGUCGAGCUGUAUUGCUUCUUCUUGACGAUUUCAUUAUUAUUAGAGUCAGAUUCAGUAAUUGAUAUGAAUACCAUCAUAACAUACAUAGGGAAGUGACUAGUUGUAAUCAUAGGAAUCGUAGGUUUUUGACUUUUCAGAAAUAAUUAGACAAUUCUUUGUAGUAGAUGCUUAGGUCACGUUAGUCUAUUAUUUAAUAACGAUAUUGAUGGUCUGCACAUUGAGCGGUCAAGUAAUGCAUGUAUCAUUGUACUAUUUAAAAAUUUUGAGUUGUAACAUUUAUCAUUAUUGUAUCUUAGACAGAUUUUUCCUCGUGUUUGCUGUCAAGGAGAAGUUUUUUAUAUUUUUAAUUAUUCAUUUAUAUCAAGUGAAGCAUAAAUUAUAAUUCCAUUAAAUUCAUGUUCUUGAGAUUGA